AGUUAAAGUGAAUAUGUUUUAAAUUUUUUCACAUCAGCAAGAACUUGACAUAUUUUAUGUAAGAAAUUCAAAUUGUGAUAAAAACAAAAUAAUGUUCAUUUCCGGUCCUUGGCUUGUCUCGCGGUUAGCAUUUCUCAUAUACGGGAUGAUUGCGUUUUCAGCGUCGAGCGUGUAUUGUGACGAUGAGAACGACGAGACAAAUUCAUGGAAUAUUACGGUGAUGGAAAGACUGCGUAUGCAACUCUUUACAAAUUAUGAUAAGAAUGCUUAUCCUUUGAUUAGUUCCGGUAUCCGGACAAAUGUAAGCAUGGGACUUUCGAUUAUCUACACCGACAUUGAUGAAUUUGAUGGGAAAGUCAUGUUACACGGUUGGUUACAUCUUCGUUGGCAAGAUGAAGACCGUACUUGGACUCCCGAAUUGUUUGAUAACAUAACUACAAUACAUAUAAGUCCAAAUGAAGUAUGGAAACCGGAAAUCACUUUAUUCAAUAGUGCCGGUAACGAGGCUGACUAUAUAGGCGAGACCCAAAUUGUAUUAACAUUCGAGGGCAAAUUUAUUUGGGUGCCCCCCGUUCUUUAUACAGCCUACUGUAAUUUAAAUCUGAAAUUAUGGCCUUAUGAUGUGCAAAUUUGCGAAUUGAAAAUUGGCUCUUGGACUUGGACGCAGAUUGAUUCAUCGUUUGUUCAUUUUAAAGAUACUCUCGAUUAUAAAGAUAUUGUGGAAUCUAGCGAAUGGGAAAUAAUUGAUGCUAGAAUUGCUUAUCAUAUGAGCAAUUUUUAUAACUACAUUGAAUACACAUUUCAAUUGAAACGCCGAUCUUCAAUGUAUACCGCAGUGAUUUUUACACCCGCCUCUUGUAUCGUUUUGCUAACACUUUCUUCGUUUUGGCUACCAGUGCAGAUGGGUGAGAAAAUUCUGCUAAACGGCGUUAUGAUAGUGAUAGUGGCAGGAUUUCUUAUGUAUUUCGCGCAACUUUUACCCAUAUUGGCUGAGAAUACACCGCUUGUUGUACUUUUCUACAGCGCCAGCCUAUUGCUAUUGAGUUUUUCAACCAUAAUCGCCGUAAUUGUUUUGUAUCUCUCCACCACUAGUCACAAACAACGUGUACCGAAAUUUAUACAAAGUAUUUUGCAUGGAUCCUUAGGACGAAUAUUAUUACUCACCCAGUUUACUGUGGAAGCUGAGCCUCCUUCAUUACUAAAUAAUGGCAUCAAAGAAAUGGGCGAACACGUUUAUGACAGUGUUGAUGCAGGGGAUGUUAUAGCUGAUGGCACCACUACAAGUAAUACACAGUCGUUUUCGAUCACUCACAAUCGAUCGAUACAAUUUGAAUGGACUUUACUAUCAACGGCAAUUGAUCGCAUUUGGUUCUUAAUAUUUUGCGUUAUCUUUAUACUUUUGGCAACGAUAUAUGCCGUUUAGCUUAAUGUAGUUAAAUAAUCAAAAAAUUCUUAAAUGAAAAGCAUCGAAGAAUUGCAUUUU